AUGAACGCCAAGCUUAUUAUCUUUGCUCUCUUUGCCCUCUUUGCCUUUGCUGCUGCCCAAAACACCACCACUGGUAACUCUACCGGAACUGGAACUCCAACUGGUAACUCUACUGGGACCGGUAACACCACCACUGGUGAAACCACCACUGGUACCGGUGCCUCCAUUGCCGCUCCAUUCUUGGGUUUGAUUGCCCUUGUCCUUGCCCUCAUCGCAUAA